GUACGAUUGUCACCAGCUGCGAAGCGUGUCACGAACAAGCCGUCUGCCACACCUCGCCCAUGGCAGGUGACAUCACAUGCACCUGUAAGAAGGGCUUCUCCGGAGACGGCCUCAUCUGUUUACCUGGCCACACCUCCACCGCCGCCCACCACCACGCCCCUCGCCGUGUCCGUCGCUCCUACCCCACCUCCAACACCAACCUUGCCCAUGUCCGGUUCAGCUGCGGCUUCAACGAGUGCGCCGACGGGGAGGACUGCAUCACGGUCGCCGGCAUCCAGCAGUGCUCCAACCCCUGUAAGAUCUACACGGUCCUGAACGACGCCUGGCGUUCCACCAACAACCACGUGGGCAACAAGCACUGCGACCGCAACGUCCGCUGGGACGGCUAUUACCGCAUGUUCAUCGGCAACCAGAGCGUGUCUAUGCCGGACAAGUGCGUGGAUUCCUUCAAGUGCGGCACCCAGGCUCCCUUGUGGCUGGCGUUUCCUCCCCCCCAGCAGGUGGAUGAAAUUGUCCAGAGUGCCGUCUGCGCCAGCUUCAAUGGGGACUGCUGCUGGGUGCAGUCUCAGCCCAUCCACGUCAAGGCAUGCCCUGGGAACUACUUUGUGUACAAGUUCGUCAUGCCUCCCGGGUGCUUCUUCGCCUAUUGUGCAUAUGUGACAGCUCCCACCACAACACCAAAACCAGUCACAACAACAACCACAACAACAAUCACCACAACAACAACAACCACAACAACAAAAGCCCCUGUCACGAAGACAACAAAUGCACCUGUAAAAGACACCACAACAACACAAACACCUGUUAAGAUCACCACAACACCGCAAACACCUGUUAAGAUCACCAUGACAACAAAUGCACCUGUAAAAGACACCACAACAACACAAACACCUAUUAAGAUUACCACAACACCGCAAACACCUGUUAAGAUCACCAUGACAACACAGACACCUAUUAAGAUCACCACGACAACACAAACAUCCGUAAAUAUCACCACUACGACAAAAUCACCAGUAGAUGUUGUCACCUCGACAAAAACACCAGUAGACAACAAUCGCACCACAACAACAACACAGUCACAGGUUUCCACGACUACGCCAAAAGCAAUGUGUGGUACCUGCAGAGCGGGGGAGACCUGCGUGAGCACCGAUGGGGUCACUUGGCGGUGUGAGAGGCCAGAUCAGCCUGUUUUGCUGCACCCAGAGGUAGUAUGUGGGCGGAGCCUGGUACAGGUGGGUCUCAACAGGACUAACCUGGAGGCCGCUGGUCUGGACGCCACCACCGCUAACCUGGCCGACCCCCGGUGUAAUGCUCACGAAGAGCGUGGCGGCUUGAUAUGGUACCAGGUGGAGCGCACAGAGGGCGCCUGCGGAAACACUCUGGAGACAAACGGAACUGACGCCAUCUUUUCCAACAGUUUAUUCAUCUACCACGUUCACGACGUGUCCUUCAGCCGACCUGUGAGCGUGCCUUUCUCCUGUGCCUACCCUCUGGAAUCAGAGACCAGCCUGGAUGUGGCCAUCAAACCCUACCUGUCGCUGAAGGGUUCCAAAGUCGGUAAGGGCGCCAGAGUGGGCUCCAACAUGACUCUGUACCACAGCGACGACUUCACAAAGGCUUACCCAGCGGGCGGAGUCACCUUGCCGGUGGGUUCCGUGCUGCACGUGGGUGUGUCCGUAGAGGAGUCCGAGACGGAGCGUUUCGUGGUCGUUCUGGAGGACUGCUAUGCCACGCAAUCACCCGACCCUAAAGACAUCAUGCGAUACUACAUCAUUCAGAACAAAUGUCCGACUGAAUUCCGUCAGGUGAGGGUGGAGGAGAGCGGCUCGUCUCUCAGGGCUCGCUUCUCUGCUCUGCUGUUCCUGUACCAGGGGGACUACCGGGACGUCUUCCUGCACUGCAGACUCAGCCUGUGUGACCAGAGGAGCUCCUCCUGCACUCCAAUGUGCACCAAAAGGAAAUACCGCGCUGUCACCCCCUCUGUCCCCCUCGAACCCCUCACCAUCGGACCAAUCACCUGGUCCCAAAAUGACGAUUGAACUUGUCAUGCUUCCUGUAUCCUAAACAAUGAAUCCAGUUAUCUAAAUGAUUCAUGUAAAGUUCAUAAACCUGUCUCACCUAUACAUCAUUUAUGUCCUAAACCAGGCCAGUUCAUAUUUAAUAUCUUACAUACAUCCAGUUAUAAAUAAUUAUAUUUUUCUUACAACUAGGAUAAUUGGGAAAACAUUUAUUUUUGAACCAACACAAAUUCAUUGUUGAACCUUUAACUAAGGCUUGAGGCCAGAAAGUGUAUGUGCUGGUCACUAAUGUUUGUAACGUGAAAAUACAUGGACAUCUAGUUGGGAUUAUAUCAACACAAACAUCUCCCUUUUCUAGUUCACACUGCAGCAAGAACUUCUAUUUGA